CAAAUGACUGAGGAUGCAAGGCAUCAGAAAAAUCAGAUGCAGAUUUAAAGAAGCAAGUGGAACAAGAAUUAACCGAGGUCAUUAUGGUAUGAUGUUCUUCUCCUUGAAGGAAAAGUUGAGCAUUGCUUUCGAGCAUAUGCCCCACAGUUACUAUGCGCAGGCCUACAGGCACUCAUACUUUAGUGUCGGCCUAUCCAUUCCAUGGUGUUGCCUGGUGCAUCAGUCUCCUUUCACGGCCACCCAAAAGCCCUUGUUCUCCCCUUGUUCAGUUAAUUAUGUGGACAUGGUAUAGCCUUGAGAUUCCCCAAAUUGGGUGGCUAACAGCAUGUUCUCUUGGGUGGUUGGAACUUGGAAAUACAAUAAUCAUUUAAGAAUCAACAUGACAGUUCUAGAAGUUGCUUAUCCAAUUCGAGCAGGAUUUCUUCGUGUUUCAUUGGUAUCCAUGAAUUAUUUAUGUACAACAAGCUGUUGAUUACGUAAAGGUAAGGGAAGAACCAAAGAGAUGAACUUAAGGAAAUUAAGCAACAUGGAUUGGCAGUUGGUUUGUAAUGUGGAGGAAUACUAAUGCCUUGCAAAUAUGAAUUGUCUCAAGCUGCCCUAAGAUACUGGUUAUCUGGUAGAUGAACAUGAAAAAGAAUGCAAUAUCUGAUAUUGUUGGAAUGUCACCACAAAUUCAUAAUAGGCUUCCAUUUGUACAAGGGCCAUGCAUAGUGGAUUAUAUUUUCAAAAAUUAAUACAUUAACAAUUUCUUA